UAAAAUGAUUAAUGUAUUAAAAGAAAGCAUGUAACUCAGAUCGGAACUAACAGACCUGUCGGUAAUUUAAGUGUUUAGGAAUAAAGAAAAAUAAUGUUGAUGAUGAUUUUAUAGAAAAAAGGCAUAACAUUUUGUCAGGUGGUGGGUGGUCGAAGUCAAACCGUCAUAACUAACAAUAGCAUAAAUAAACUUUUUAACGGAAGAUUAAACAUUUUCGGGUUUGUUUUGUUUUGUUGGAUUAAACUUCGCACCGACACAAGUAUAGGUCAUAUGGCGACUUUCAAGCUUUGAUGGUGGAGGAAGACACCAAAUGCCCCUCGGUGCAUUAUUUCAUCACACACGGGCUCCUGGGUAGAUUCACCGAUCUUCCGUGAAUCAUCUGGAUGGCUUUCACACAUGUAGAAUUCAACGCCUCGAGCAAGGCUCGAACCCGUAUCGGUGAGAGGCAAAUGAUUUGAAGUCUGAACUGUAUUAUACAUCAGAGCUACUUCAUCAUUUACAAUACAUAAACAGUCUAUAUUUUCUUUUAUCUUAUCUACAAAUCAGCAGUAACGUAUUAAUAUUUUACUUGAUACCAACCAGAGAAACUAUAAUAGAUUAUAAUUCGGCUUUUAAGAAUCUAAGGUCGAAGUGCGAUCUUUUGUGGACUUGAAUUUGUCUGCAUGUUAUCCGUUUUAAUUUACACUAAUUUUAAAAAAAUUCCUCUUUAUAAUGUAUUAAUUUCAUCCUGUAAUAAUAGCCAAAUUUCUGAAAUGGUCGUAAUGACAAUGGUAAUAAAACAAAAUUCAAAGUUAAUAAGCACAGAUAUAAACUGCAUAAUGAACCUUAAAACAUCUGAUUAGGCAUCAGCAGCUACAAUACAAGUUAUUUUGGCUAUAGACAUUAAAUAUGUGGCCGAUCUGAUCAACAUAUCAUGGUAUAAGCCACCUUUUAAAUAAUUUGUGUCAGCGAGUGAUUAUAAUUUUGGCACUGGGUAUCUAAACUAUAUUAGGCAUUUAUUAUGCUGUUUUAAGCAAAUAAGAGUGGUUUAUAGUGUUAGCUAAGCUUUACAUUUAUCUUAGAGUUAUGCAAGAACAAAAUUUGCUAAAAAGAUACACAUCUUAGGCGUCACGUAUUGAUCAUUUCCUGAAAAUGCGCAUCUCACAAAGCUAGUUUUAUGAAUAAGAAUAUGAAUUGAACUCUACAUUAUGGCGUUUAUAGUAAUGAAUAUAUUUUUGUUUUUUGCCAUAUUCAUUAUAUGUUUUUUGAAUGGAUACCAUCGUCUUCUGACAAAGAGUAAACAGACACAAGAAGAACGAAUAUGUGAACAAGUGAUUGAUAGUAAUAGGCUAUAUCUAUUACCUUCUGAUUAUAUCAUAGACAGUAUGGACAACGAUACACUGUAUCAUAUAUUUGACAAAUAUGUCAACAGUUACCAGUUCCGCUGUUGUAAUGUAUCAAGACAAGGCAAGCGGGUUGGGUCCGGGAAAUACAUUUGUGCAGAUGACCGAUUCAAGCCAAGUUCUCCGUGCCUAAUUUAUUCCUUCGGAUCCAAAUUCGAUUUUGUCUUCGAAAAUGCCGUUUGGAGAUCAUUCAAAUGUGAAAUACAUACAUUUGAUCCAAGUUUAUCAUUUGAGGAGUCUCAAAUUCCUUACUUCGUAAAUUUUCAUCUUAUUGGACUCUCUGGAAAUGAUUUUAAUCAAACCAAACCAGAGAUUUGGAAACACCAUAAUAGACCACUUCGAAAGGUGUGGGGGAUGCAAAGGCUUUCGACAAUCCAAAAAGUACAUUCGCAUAAAAAAAAAGUUAUUGACAUUCUUAAGAUUGACAUAGAAGGAUGGGAAUGGGAUGCCUUGCCGGAUAUCCUCCAGACGGGGUCAUUGAGUAAUGUGAAACAAAUCUGCAUUGAAGUACAUUUUGGAUUUAGUUUUAAGCAUAUUAUUAAAAACAAUGGAAAAUUGUCAUUGAAAUUUACGUCAAACACAUGGGGUAAUGUUUCGAUAAAGAAUCAGUUAAAGAUCCUGAAACGGUUAUAUGAAACUGGCUUUAGAAUUUUUAUGUAUCGGACAUUUAAUUGGGGAUCACUCUAUAUUAAAGGUAGAAAAAUUAGCAAUCUAGACGAAUUAUCAUUAAUUAAUAUAAAUUUCUAUAAAUGAAAUUUUAGCGCUUCUGACUGAACAUUUAUACUUUGUUACCUAUCUUGGUAAAACAAUGAAUGCAUAGAUCAUUAUUUCUUAAUUCCUCGCUAACAAGGCAAUGUAUUCAAGGUAUUGACUGUAACGUCCUUACGUAUCUACAAGUGACUCUGUACUCGUCGUUGACCUCAUCGACUUCUGCAAUUGUACUCGCGUAGAUAAGACACUAUAAAUUCUAACUUUUAACAUACUUCUGGUUUUACUCUUUUUGCACUCAUUCUUAUUGUUAGAAUUUCGUUUUCCCAAUUUACGAUAACAUGUACAUUUUUCAAGUUAGCUUAGAUCAUAGGCCGUUAACACUGAAGAGUUUUAUGUUGAGGAAAAGCAUUAAAUUAAAAAAGUUAAAUAUCGAUUCUUGUAUUAGGAUAUCAUGUUAAUAGAUUGAGGAUCAAAUAAUGAUUUAUUAAAAAAUAACUGUUG